AUGCAGAUCUCAGGUAUCUCGGGAAGAUGCGAAAGACCAAACUCGAGCGAAAAGUUAUCCCCAUUCUCGGUUACGCUCAACUCUUCGGAGAACUUUAGCGCAGUUGGAGACCCGCGAUUGAAGGGGCGAAUCUUUUCAGAGCACGGACAAAUGGUGCAGGGUCUUCUCGACGAAUCCACUCUAACACUUCAUGUCUCUUGCAUCCCAAACGAUGACAUAUCAAAGAAAAAAUCGGGGCAAAUUUCUGCGCUGUUUCCAUGUGACUUGGAGGUUACCGUAUAUGGUGAUUCUGAUCUAUUCGAGCAGAUUGGCGUCUGGCUCCAAGCGUAUGGAGUGUACCUGCAGGAUCCGCGAGCAUGCCAUCAGGAUGUCAAAUACUGUAACCCUCAUCGAUUAUCCUCAGACGACUUCGAAUCUUGCCCUUUGCUCUCUCAGGCCAUAUCCCAUGCUCUCAAAGUGUCAUCUUUUCAGGGCAUUACAGAGGGGCCGGAUUUGCUGGAUAUUCUCAGCAGUAAUGUUGAGCUAGAGGAGACUCCUCAGCCUGCAAGCAUACAAACAGUUCUCCAAAGGUUUAGUCACCAGAAGAAAGCAUUAACAUUCCUGCUUCGACGGGAAAAUGGCUGGGCUUUCGAGACGAAUCAGCUAGACAUUUGGGAGAAAGUAGAUAAUGACCAAGGACGAUUCUUUGUCAACCGGAUUUCGUCUACCCACCAAGAAGAAGAGCCUCCUCAGUUCUAUGGAGGCAUCAUUGCGGAUCCAAUGGGUCUUGGCAAAACAUUGACAAUGAUUGCUUUAGCAGCUUCUGACUUGGAUAGCAGUAGUAAUGCCACCAAGGAUCUCAUGAAGAGAGAGGUGGGGGAUAACCCCCGUAUCGCAACUACUCUCAUUAUUAUUCCCCCUCCGCUGCUCGGUACCUGGGAAGAACAGUUGUCUGAACACGUUGUGGCAGGCGGUUUAAAAUGGCAGCGCCAUUACGGAAAGACUCGGUUCACUAGCCGGUAUGACCUUGACGAUGUAAACGUGGUGCUGACUACCUACCACACCGUUUCUGCUGAAUGGAAGAAUGAGCGAGAAGCCGAAAGCUCAAUCCUGUUCUCCCACCAAAAUUCCCAACAUCUGACGUGGAUAGCUCACUUUAUCCGGAAUGGAAAGUCAAGGAUGGCCCAUUCCAUCUGUGCGCUUGACUCUAUCGCGCGAUGGGCUGUUACUGGAACGCCCAUCCAAAACCGUCUCGGCGACCUUGCUAGUCUGCUCAAAUUCAUCCGGGUGUAUCCCUACACGGAUCCGAGGCAUUUUGACGCCGACAUAGCUCACUUUUGGAAAUCUGGACAAGAUGAAGAGGCUGCCAAGAGAUUACAGCGCCUAUCAGCUUGCAUAUUGUUGCGCAGGCCUAAAACAACAAUCAAUCUUCCUCCAAGGCAGGAUCUGCGUUGUCCCAUCGACUUUAGCCGCGAAGAAAGAGAAAUGUAUGCCGCAAUAAGAGAGCAGGCGAUAAUAAGAAUCGACGAAGCAUUGCAAAGCAACUCGGAAAGAUCGAGGGCGAGCGUGUAUGUCAACGUGUUACAGCAAAUCGAAUCGCUGCGACUUGUCUGUAACUUGGGCCUCCACUACCACGCAAGACAUCAAAAGUCUCUGAAUGUGCCGGCAGAAGCGAGCGAUUGGACUGGUGACGCGCAACAGACUUUUAACGUUCAGCGUGGAAUGGGACCAAUCAUGUGCGUGCAAUGCUCAUCGACUCUAGAGUUGACCGAGACUCUUCUCGACGACUCUAGCACCGCAUAUCAGAAUCCAACAUUUUCCCGUUGCUUGAAGUUUGUAUGCGGCGACUGUAUGCAACGGAUGAGCAAAGCUGGUCGCAAAUUAGGUUGCGGACAUCGACCUCCCUGUCCUACAGCAUCGGUUUCUAUAAGCACAAAUAUCUUUGAGGAUGUUUCCGACAUUGUUCCACAUCAAAUAGAAGCUUCUUCCAUUACCCUUCCGUCAAAGAUUAACGCUCUUGUCGCUGACAUCAAGUCUUUGCCUUCAGACACUAAAUGCCUUACGCUUACUGUCGCGUCGCGAGCAUAUCUCAUGGAGCCUCAUUGGAAUCCGACUCUCGAAGAGCAAGCCCUGGCUCGAAUCCACCGCAUUGGACAGACGCAGAGUGUUACGACGGUUCGGUUCUACGUCAGAGAUUCAUUCGAAGAACAAGUCAUGGAACUUCAAGAGUCGAAGAAGAGCCUUGCCGGGGUCUUGCUCUCUCCGCAUGACGGCGGGCACACUGACGAUAGUCUCGGAACGCUUCAAGUGAGUUGCUAG